AUGCUGGCACACUUGGUUGUUCCGUUGGAGGUGAACGGCACGGCCGCGAAGCCUCUCGAAGCGCUGCGGCUUCCUCACCACGUCGAAAGCUGGAGUCAGUUCUACACCACACUUGGAGCUGCCACAGCUGCGAGGUGGAGCUUCCUUUUGGAUGCCCAGCUGGAUCCUGCAAGGUCAAGCUGGACGGUGUUGGCUGGCUACUUUUGCCACAUCGCAUCGGCCUUGUACCAUCGAUGCCCAGACCAGGUCCUCGAGUACUUGCGCCAGCAUGGGCCAGAUCAGGUCCUGGAGUGCUUUCUUCGCUUUCUGGGAACGAGGUGCAUAGCAGAGCUUUUUGCCACGCUGCUGUGCGCCCCAGACCCAGAGCAUGGCCUCUUCCGAGUGGACGGGCUGAUCCUCCGCCUGGUACAGCAUCUGUCAGGUGACGUCCCUCCCAGCGAAGACCCGAACGAGAACGUCUCCCUCGUCCUCAAGACCUUGAUAACUCAGGCAUGUGCCAAGAAGCUUUACUUCGCCUCGGCGGUGGUUGAUCAGAUGUCGUCAGCCGUCGUGGUGGAGCAGCUUGUCAGCAAGGCAUGCGUAGAGCCUGCUGAGCUGGCUUCUAUGGCGAAAGCUGCAGCAUCCGUUCUCGUCGGAGCAGUCUCCCAGAUUCUUCACGCCACGCCCAACCCAGCGCUGGCCAGCCGUGGACCGAACCUGCUACAACCCUUCGAGGAGGAGGAGGGCCAUGGACAAGAGACCGAGUCGGAUGGUGAUGACUCACGGCGCGCUGCUGGCAUUGCCCUUGUUCAGCACAUUUGCCAGCACUUGCCUGCCCUUUGCGAUAGUUUUCUGGGUGCUUCGGAGGAAGAGGGCGAGGGCUCGCCUAGUGCCCAGCAGCAUCUUCUUGACGGACAGCGUCUUCGAGAAGCCAUUGUACUCCUUCUUGAGGCAGCGGAGAGCGACCUGUGCAAUGAGGACUUGUGGAACCAGCUCUUGCAGCUGGCCACGGGAUCGAAGCUGCUGGAGGACACGCUCAGCGCGCAUCUCGCUCUCCGAGACGGCAGCAGCAGCGAGAGUGCGGAGGUUUUGGGGAAGAGCCAGCUCAUCGCCGAUCUUCGUCGUGCUCGCGCAGCCCACGAAGCCGAAACUAGCAGGCUUUGCCAGACAACGCAGAGAUCGUUGAAAGUCGCGGAUGGACCGGCGGCCAUCGAAGCCAUGUCACUGCUGGUAGAGCUCGCGCGUCUGCAAGACUCCGAGGUGCUCCAGGUCUUGGUGGAAGAGCGGGUCCUGUCGCGGGGCCUGCGCCGCCUCUUCGACCGGUCCUGGGGCGCAGUGAUGCUUAACGCCGUCGCAGCUUUGUGCGUGGAAAUCAUCCGAAGCCCCGAGCCGAAGGGCAAAGAGGCCGCCGAAGCCUUGGUGGAGGAAGGCCACCUGCUGGAUCGUGUAGCCGGUGUUCUUCGCAGGCAAUCCGAAGUUCGAGAGGCUCUGUCGCAUCGGCAAGACCACAAAGGUGAGCUUUCCAUGCCUCAGCUUGCAGCACCACUGCGCAAGAUCUGUGCAGAGCUGCGCGAAGCAAGCAGCAGAUGGCCGGAGGUGCACAUGGGCCUCUUCAAUCUGGACGCCUGGACAGAGGUCAUCCUCCCGGAUUUAGAGGAGUUUGCGCAGCUGGAGGAGGAGCCACUGGGUGGUUUCGACAAGCUUGUCAACGUUGGCUCCGUGGCCAUUCCUGGUGAGGUGGAGUUCACCCCUGAGGACCUGCGUGACAUCGAUGAAGAUUUCGACACGGAGUGUCUGCUAAACCUGGCCGGUGAACAGAUGCUCCAGCGACAGGCCCAGGUUGCCGCACAGAAAGCCGGCGGGAACGAGGUUGAGGGAACGUGCGAGACAGCGCCUGUGGAGCUGCCAAACGUGCCCGAGGAGCCUGGGUCCAUGGGCAAUCUCGAGCCAGGUGCGGGAGACACUGAGUGGGUGUAG